AUGUCCACUGGAGGCAGGUUUGACUUUGAUGAUGGGGGGUCGUACUGCGGGGGGUGGGAGCAGGGCAAGGCCCACGGCCGGGGGGUCUGCACCGGCCCCCAGGGUCAGGGCGAGUACGCAGGCGCCUGGAGCCACGGCUUCGAGGUCCUGGGCGUGUACACGUGGCCCAGCGGGAACAGCUACCAGGGCACCUGGGCGCAGGGCAAGCGCCACGGCGUCGGCGUGGAGAGCAAGGGCCGCUGGGAGUACCGGGGCGAGUGGACGCAGGGGUUCAAGGGUCGAUACGGGCAGCUGGAGAGCACGGCCAGCGGCGCCCGGUACGAGGGCACGUGGAGCAACGGCCUGCAGGACGGAUACGGCACCGAGACCUACUCUGACGGAGGAACCUACCAGGGCCAGUGGCUGGGCGGGAUGCGUCACGGCUAUGGCGUGCGGCAGAGCGUCCCGUACGGCAUGGCGGCCAUCAUCCUCUUCCCUCUGCGAACAUCAAUAAACUCCCUCCGCUCCGAGCACAGCCACGGCCCCCCCGCCGCGCCGGAGGACGGCACCACCCCCGCGCCCGUGGAUGGGGGGGUGGCCGGGCUGGCCGGGAGCCCGGUGGGCCGAGGCGGGUUUGCUCUGACGGCGCCGAGUGAAGCCGAACGCCAGAGGAAAAGAAAAGGGCGUUUCCGUCAGUCCAUCCUGAGCGGCCUGAAGCUGCGGCGCUCCGAGUCCAAGAGCUCGCUGGCGAGUCAGCUGAGCAAGCAGAGCUCCUUCUGCAGCGAGGCCGGCAUGAGCACCGUCAGCUCCGCCCACUCCGACCUCCACUCCAACGCCAGCGAGGGCGAGCACGGCCCCCCGGUGGACGCCACUGUCACCGAGAUGUAUGCAGGGGAGUGGCGCAGCGACCAGAGGGCGGGCUGGGGCGUGAGCCGGCGGUCGGACGGCCUCCACUACGCAGGCGAGUGGGUGGGGAACAAGCGGCACGGCUACGGCUGCACCACCUUCCCCGACAGCACCAAGGAGGAGGGCAAGUACAAGCAGAACCUGCUGGUCAGCGGGAAACGCAAGAACCUGAUUCCACUGAGGGCCAGCAAGAUCCGGGAGAAGGUGGACCGGGCGGUGGAGGCCGCGGAGAAGGCCUCAGAGCUCGCCAAGCAGAAGGCAGAGAUCGCCAUGUCCAGGAUGAGCCACGCCCGAGGGAAGGCGGAGGCGGCGGAAGGAGUCGCACGCAAAGCCACCGACGAGUGUCGCCUGGCGAGGGUCACUGCCAAGGAGCUAAGCCCCUCCUUCCACAUCUACGGGAACGGUGAGCUCUUAGGGCUUGAAUGUCAAAGGUCGUCUCACCAGGACGCUAAGGUCAACGACCACGAGGUCAUGUCCACGGGAACCGACAGCCCGGAGCUGUGCACGCCGGACGACACGCCCCCUGUGAUGACACCUGACCUCAGCCCCGUGCUGAGCGUGCCCACCUCGCCCCCCCACAGCCCCCCCAAGCACGCCCACCGCCCCAGAAACGCUUGCUUCAUGCGUCAGAGCGCCGUGGACGAUCAGGGGGGGGCGGAGAUCCAGGUGCUGGUGGAGGGGCGGGGCGUGGACCUGCCGAGGGGAGGGGCUAACCACUGGACCGAUGACAUGUACCCGGAGCGGGGGGGCAGCAGCCGCUCCACCACGCCCUCCCUCCUGGAGGAGCAGGAGGCGCAGAUCAACGGCCACGAGCCGCUGUCCAACCACAGACCGCGGGAGAAGUCCUCGUCCAAUCACAAGUCGCGGGAACACGGCUCCUCCCACAGAGCGUGGGAGCACUCCCUGUCCAACCAGAAACCCUCCAAGCACGCCUCGUCCAAUCACAAGUCCAGGGAGUACUCCUCCUCCAAUCACAGAACAUGGGACCAUUCCUCCACCAAUCACACGCCCUGUGACCACGCCUCCUCCAACCACAAGCCGCAGGUGCACAUCUCGUCCAAUCACAGAGCCGGGGAACACAACGCGUCCAAUCACAAGGCUUCUGAGCAUGCUUCCUCCAAUCACAAUGCAAAGGACCACGUGUCCUCUCCUUAUAACCCUCGAGAGCACGUCUACUCCAACCACCCCCCCAAGCAGCACCACCCCCCCGACCCCCACCCCCAGCAGCACCACCCCCCCGACCACCCGCUGGGCGAGCACGCCGGAGUCGACCAGCGGCCGGACGGCCUCAGCGUGGGCUGGACCGCCGAGAGCACGCUGAGCUGGAGCCCCGCCCACUCGCGCCUCACCACGCAGGAGGAGGAGCGGAUGAGCGACUACACGGUGGACAUGAGGCUUCAGGGUCCGGACCCCCACCCGCCUCGGGGGCGGGGCCACCAGGCUCCGCCCCCCCAGAACAACCGGCUGCGGGCCCGAGGCCUGCGGCCGGUCAGAGAAGGAUCCGUGGACUCGGUGCAGAUGCUGGACAACCUGAAUGUGGGGGCGGAGCUGGAGGAGUGGCCUCUGCACCGUGACCUCACCCUGUCCCCGCCCCUCAAGUCUCCGCCCAUCACUCUGGAGCAGGAAGUGGAUCAUCUCACGCUCAAAUCAAACUCAGGCUCCAGCUCUAUUCUGGUGGUUAUGGUCAUUUUACUCAAUAUUGGAGUAGCCAUUCUUUUCAUUCACUUCUUUAUUUAA